AUGCAGGCAGCCAUAUUUCUUGCGCCACCAGUUCUCCCUCUUGUAACACCUAACAAAAGUUUAGUUUCGGCAAGGAGGGCCGUCUCGAAGUUACAGACUUCCAAGUGUUCCCCAAUCAAAGCAAGUGCUCCAGUGGAUAACGACACUCCAACAGUUGAUUACAGCUCCUUUACCUCUGUUUUUCCAGCUGAGGCUUGUGAGACAGUAGGAGGGGAAGCUUGUGAUGUUGAGAUGUAUCCUGAAGUGAAGCUCAAACCAGAUGCCACAAGUACUCCCAGCACUUCAGAGCAGAUCGAUAGAGAAUAUUUAGAGUACGACAGUCCCAAGACGGUGUUCCUAGAAGAGGCUUGUGAUGAUCUUGGAGGAGAGUUCUGUGACCCUGGAUAUCAGGGAUGA